AGCGACAGUCGACAUCAAUAAGCACGCGAGGUAGAGCAUGUUCAAGAAAUAGAGAUCGAUAGGUGAUCGAAGAUGGCCGGUGCACCAUCCCACUUUAGUAAAGCUGCAUUGGUUUUCCUUGUAAUUUUCUUACGGGCAAAAUGCGGCUUUCACGACGAAGAUAUGGUCGAAAGACUGGACGUCAUGUUGAAGGAUGUAAAGACUCAGAGAUAUUCUCGGGAUACGGACGACAGUUUGAAAAUAUGGCAGGAAUACGAGUUUGGAAGCGGUGCCGGGAAUCGCGAAGAGCUAAUCGUCGCGAACAUAACAAUCGAGGAGGACCCAAUUCUGUCAACAAUCGGCGUGACCGGCUGGCAGUAUUCGGCCGGCGUUCGCGACGGAAUCUUGGCCAGCAGCGGGGGGUCGAGUCUCUGGCUCUGUUUCCAUAGCAACAAAGAUGGCCGCGUCCAUCAUCGCGCUGUUUUGACAGUUACCGGCACUAUUUUGACGUUCAAAGUGAUCGCUUUGCUCGAGCCUGUCGCGCAUCAGGAGCAAAUUUUCGCCAUAAUUUGCAUCGAGGCCGGCGCUGAAACGGAAAUUCUGUGGUAUAAAUAUGGAGACGAGAAGUUUGAGCGAGUUUCAUCCUUAGUCGUCUCCAGGCGCGUCGAGAGGUUAGAAUUCUUUCAACACAACCGACGCAACAAACUCCUGCUGCUCACCGAACAGAUGAGCUACAACAACGCCGACUAUUCAUCCCUCGAAAUCUAUGGAUUCAAGUUCGUCGGCGGUCUUCUCGACUUGUGGCUUUGUCAAAGAAUUUGGAUGCCGAAAGUCUCGAGGUUUGAGAUCUGCUCAGUCUACGAAGAGACUUUCCUCAGUGUUCAUAGUGCGAACACGAUCUCGUUUUACGAAUUCAAAGAGAGCGAGACGAAGGAAGGACUGUUCAAACCUACGCAAAAUAUCACGUCAAAUGGCUUCAGGAAUUCGGUUUGCUUUGAAAACGGGUACACGGAGUAUCUGAUCAUCUCCGGUCCGGAACCAGCCCUCUUUACUUUUAUGGAAAACGAAUUUCUGUUCGACGUGGAGAUGGAAAAAUUGCUUGGCGACUUAGGUGAAACUUUGUGGGCCCAAUGCUUGCCAGUCCGAACCUAUAGAGAAGAAUGCCUCCUUCUUGUGCAACUGAAGAACCUCACAGUCGUCGGGUUUUCUUGGCAGGGUACAAAAUUCCAAAUCACUCAUCUUCCGCCAAUAAAUAUCGACGAUUUUCAACUAUCAAAAAUCACUCCGAUACCGAAGUACGGAUUUUUGUUUGAGAAUAAAUUGGUCAGAGUCGAUACCAUGUUGUCAGAUUUGCCUCGACCCGUGCUCGAUGAAAUGGAGAAAAUAUUGCAGCUCAAGAAUUCUCUGGAGGAAACAUUUAUGAAGCAGGAAUUUAUUUUAGACGAGACGACAAAAAGGUAUGAGAAGAGUUACCAUAAAAAUCCGGUGAUCACUGGGUUUUGGAAUUUAUCGAAAGUCGACACCGAGGCCGUGACGUUUUCGCACGAGGUCAUCUUCGAGUCUCUUAAAGUCGGCUCAAAAUUAUUCUCUAAAUUUGACGUAGCGUCAGACCUGAAUAUAUUCGAUCAGCGGUUCCGAAUUUUGGAAGAUAAAAUGGAGAAAAUGAAAAUCAUCUCAGAGACAGCUCUGCGCGUAGAUUCCCCGGAGGUUAAAUUGAGCAAAGGUUUUGUUCUGAACGGUGGAAUGGAAGUGCGGGGAACAUUGCACGUGAAAAAAUCGACCCUGAAGUUCAUCAAUAACUUUUCGAUCGAGAAUAUACGCAAUGACUUUGUUAAAUAUGACAAAAAAUUGGUUAUCAAAGGGCGUAAAUCGUUCCCGUCAAUCGAGGCAACCGUUUUAAAUAUUGCCAAUAUCAACGGGGUGCCGAGAAACAAAUUUAUAUUCGACACCAAAAAGACGAACUACGAAAAUGUUGACUUUACCGACUUGAAUCAUUUGCUCGUUGAAGGUAGUCUCAAUUUCACCAGCAUUAACGGAUUCUUGUGGUACAAUUUGAUGAAGAGUGUUGUGUGGAAAAAUCAACCCGCAAUUAUACCAGGUCUGACGGUUGUUUAUGGGGAAAUCAUUGCUGACACUGUUUCGGUGGCGACUUUAAACGGUCUCAAAUAUCCCGCAGGAUAUGUGCUGCAAAACGGUACGAAUAAGGCGGAAAUUAUUGGCCGAAAAACUUUUGGUAAACUCAAGGUAGCGAAUUUGAAGGGAAUAAAAACGAUCAAUGGUAUUCCGUACGAUGAUUUCGUUGUUUUGGACAAGAAGCAGAAUUUACCCCACCAAAUAACAUUUAAGAAUUUAACGAUAGAGGAAAAUUUGCAGAUCGACGGACGUAUAACCGGUAUCAAGAUAGAUCUUGAAGAACAUCGUUUGACGCUGACUGACGUUAAUGCCAUUACCGCCGAUACGAUGUUCACAAAUUUGCACGUCAAGGGAAAUUUGAUCGUUGAGGAUUUGGUAAACGGUAAGACCUUGUCCGACUUUGACGAUAUAAUUUCGAAGAACGAUGAGUACGCCGUGAUUACCGGGCACAAGACGUUUUUGGGCAACGUUCAUAUCGACACUAAAUUAAAAGUUGCAUCAAAAAAGUACAACGGGCACCUCAUCGACGAAUUCGUCACAUUUAGUGGCGAACAGGAAUUUCCGAAUUUGAAAAAAAUCUCGACCCACGUAACCUUCGAUAAACUGAAAUGCAAGCAGUUGAACGACUUGGAGAAUCACUUGGACGGACUCGCGGCGAUGGGCGGCGGGGAUUUUUCUAAAUGUCCUAAAAAAAAACUGAUAUUCAAAGUGCCCCCGAUUCUGGAAGACCUAAGUUUUCGAACCAUGAACGGCAAGAUUUCAGCGCGGGAUUUUUCCGUCAAGUUUUCGCAGACUUUUCAGAACGUGUUAUUCGAUGAUCUAGAAGUGGACGAACUUUUCGCCGGCUCUGUGAGUCCGCAAAUUCUAAACAACGUAAAGUUCGCCGAGUUUGAGGCGCGCCGGAUGUCGGUUACGAAAUCUCAGGUCCUUACCGGAAAUCACAGGAUAAAUAAGCUGAAAGUUGGCUUGGUUAAGGCGCGACGGAUAAACGGCAUGUCUCUUACCGAUCUCGACAAAUUCCGUAACGAUUUCGAGGACCUCUUUGACCGGAUAUGGAACGGGAAAAUGGCGAUCGACGCCUUCGUCGUCAAAGGACGGGUCCAGGCGGGCAAAAUCAACGGCCAAUCCGUAGCGGAAAUUCACUCGCGGAACGGGCCGAGGAACGUUUAUGUUGACGACGGUUUUUACGUCAAAAAUUUGGAGGUUCGUGGUUUGGUGAACGGGAUAAACCUGACCUCGUUUAUUUUGGACUCGGUGUUCAGGAACGAAAAGGGCGUCGUUCUGACGGGUGAGAAGACUUUCGACUUUCUGGACUGCCAGAUCCUCCAGGUCCCGAUUCUGAACGGGGUUCCGGUGGAAAGUAUCCUGAACUCGCGUCUGGACCAAACUUUGACCGGGCCGGUUUUGGUCAAGGGAAACGUUCGGGUCACCGAUUCCUUCGACUCGGAGGGAAAAGUGAAUGACAUUUUCUAUCGACAAUUGGUCGAGAGGCUCGCCUAUCUAAGGAAUAAUCACACCUUUAAACUUACCGGCCAUUUCCGGUUUCCCGACGCCGCCGCGGUCGAACAUCUCCGAGUCAACGGGCUCGUCCAGGGACUCAACUUUGGCGAUUUUAUCGCCGCGACCGUCAACCGAGAUGAAAAUUUCGUCGAAAUUGCCGGUACGAAAGUAUUCACCAAUUCCGUAAAGUUCGCGAAAAACUUCACCGUCCUCGACGAAGUCAACGGUUUGGACCUGACACCAUUCAAUCAAAAGGCUCUGUUCGUCGACAGAGACGUUCACUGCGGUUUUGAUGUAAUUUUUGAAAACGAUAUACAUCUCGGCGGCGAUUUGAUUGUGAAAGAACAUUUGGACACCGGGACUCUGGCUAAUGUUGAUAUCGAGGAACUCGAAUCGAGCGCUAUAUUUUUGAACCGACCCUCCUAUGUGCAAGGUGUCUUGACAUUUACAAAUGUGACUUUUGAGUCUAGUUUGACCGUUGGUUAUUUGAAUGGCAUAAACUUGAAUGACGUGAUUUCGUUGAAAGAAAAUCAGAUCAUCUCAAAUAGACUGUCCUUCGUUGAUGUCACCGUCGAAAAUUUGGGAAUUACGGGAACGGUAAACGGGCACAACAUAAAUCAAAUAUUUACCAAUACCUUUAUGUUAUCCGGUGACCAAACAAUUAACGGAAAUUUAGUGCUACACGGAAAUGUGCAGAUACAAACGAACUUUAAUGCGAAAUGUAUCAACAAUAUCGACGCAUCACAAAUGGCCACAUUAGAUGGCGAUGAAAAACUUACUGGUACCUUCCAAUUUUUGAGUCCGUUAAUAUUGAGAAGAAAUUUACACGUUUUUGGACUUGUAAAUGACAUUGAUCUUGCGAUAUGGGAAAGCGAAGCGGUUUACACCAGUUUUCCGAAAAAACAAUUGGUCUCGGGUGAUUGGCUCCUUCGGGGUAAUGUCACUUUUGAAAAAGACGUCACAGGAAGCGGACUGUUGAACGGUAUUAACGUCCGAAUUUUGUACGACGAAUUGGAAAAACGAAAAUUGGAAAUUGACUCGGUAGUGACAGGUGUCAAGAUGGAUUUAAAAAGUACUUGCCAGGAUCUGAUACCUUUACAAAAGUAUGCCAAUAACCAGGUAUACAGAUUUAAAUACUUCGAGUAUCUCCAAAUCCUCGAAUUCGAUAUCGCGAUCGAAACUGCUCAUCAUUUCGUAGCUGCGGAUGGCGGUGAAUAUCUGUUGAUCAACUUGGAGAAUUGUUUUUUGAACACAUUCAUUUACAACGGAUCUGGCUUUACUAUCGUAUCGAGCAAGCGGAAUUUCGACAACGUCGGUAAAUGGAUCACCUUGGAGUACGAGAAUCAGAUUUAUAUCCUGACUAUCGGAACCGGAAUCUGUGGAAUGAGUUUUGGAAACUUGUGGAAAUUUGAGGAAGACACAUUGACUCAUAUCUUGGAUCUCGGAAGCAUUAACGACGCCAAGAAGAUCGGCAAACACGCAUUCCUGGUUAUCUCCAAGGAGAGAUUGGAAAAGUGGUCGAUCGAGGAUUUGCAUCGCGGCUUAUACGGGAAUUCGACUUCGUAUUUCCCGGCCGAUGAACGGAUGCGGUUCGUUCCAAAUACGGACAGAAUAUUGCUCGCCGAUCAGGAUCACAUUCGCGAAUUUCACCCCCUACAUCUGAAUCACACCAGCAUCUGGAACCACUUUAGAGACAGUUCGAUUUUGGGCUUGCAGGCAGGCGUUUUCCGAAAUGAAAUGUUCCUCUACUACGACGAAGGAGUCAGUGAAAAUAACGCGUUCAUAUUUGACGGUCUGUCAGUAAAAAAAAUACGCCAGUCGAUUCCAACUCACAAUCCAAAAUCAUUUUUGGUAAUAAAUUUCGACGGUUUUGUCGAGACAUUUUUAACCUUUGUUAAAAACGGUCGGAGUCUUGAGAUUUUCGAGUACAGGGGAAUCGAGGGCUUCGUUUACCGAGAAAGUCUGCAAAUGUCAAUCGAUAAAACGUUUGGAUUCAAACUGAGAAAAAAUCCGGGUUUGUCGAAAAGAAAUUUCGUCGGUGCUGUGCAUAGAAAUAGCCUGAAAAUAUUAGAGGCUAAAAUGUACGGUGAAAAAUUGGAUUUGGAAUAUCUAACUUGCGAGGAUUAUUAAGAUUUUUCCUAUUAUUACAAUUUCAGUCCGCACAUAGGUAUAAUUAAUUAUACAUAUACAAAUCGCAUUAUUUAUUUGUAAUUAUAAUGGGUAACUAUGUGUUACCACACCGUAUUAUAAUCGUAUGUCAAAAAAAAUUGUUUAUCACAUUAUCUUUUACGGUAUGUUAUCACUGUUGUUGGAUUAUUAUUAUUAUUAUUAUUUAAGUUCAAAUAAUGCAAUACCUGCGAUAAGAUUGGUAUAAGAAAACGUUACACAUCUUUUUUUUUUUUUUGUUG